UCACGUAGUUGGAGGUUUCCAGAAGCGCUAGCAUCGCCGCGCCGCGCAAUUCUCGGUGGCCGGAGCGCGUGUUUGCUGUCUCGUAUUUCCACCAUUUAGCAGCCAUGAUAAGCGCCAGCCGAGCCGCAGUAGCUCGUCUUGUCGGCGCCGCAGCCUCCCGGGGCCCCCCAGCCGCCCGCCACCAGGAUGGCUGGAAUGGCUUUAGUCAUGAAGCUUUUAGAAUUGUUUCAAGGCGGGACUAUGCAUCAGAAGCAAUCAAGGGAGCAGUUGUUGGUAUUGAUUUGGGUACUACCAACUCCUGUGUGGCAGUUAUGGAAGGUAAACAAGCAAAGGUGCUAGAGAAUGUUGAAGGUGCCAGAACCACCCCUUCAGUUGUAGCCUUUACAGCAGAUGGUGAGCGACUUGUUGGCAUGCCGGCCAAGCGACAGGCUGUCACCAACCCAAACAACACGUUCUAUGCUACCAAGCGUCUCAUUGGCCGGCGAUAUGAUGACCCAGAAGUUCAAAAAGACAUUAAAAAUGUUCCUUUUAAAAUUGUCCGUGCCUCUAAUGGCGAUGCCUGGGUUGAAGCUCAUGGAAAACUCUAUUCCCCAAGUCAGAUUGGAGCAUUUGUGUUGAUGAAGAUGAAAGAGACUGCAGAAAAUUACUUGGGGCAUACAGCAAAAAAUGCUGUGAUCACCGUCCCAGCGUAUUUCAAUGACUCUCAGAGACAGGCCACUAAGGAUGCUGGCCAGAUAUCUGGACUAAAUGUGCUUCGGGUAAUUAAUGAACCCACAGCGGCUGCUCUGGCCUAUGGUCUAGACAAAUCAGAAGACAAAAUCAUUGCCGUAUAUGAUUUAGGUGGUGGAACUUUUGAUAUUUCCAUACUGGAAAUCCAGAAAGGAGUAUUUGAGGUGAAAUCCACCAAUGGAGACACUUUUUUAGGUGGUGAAGACUUUGACCAGGCCUUGCUGCGUCACAUUGUGAAGGAGUUCAAAAGAGAGACAGGGGUUGAUUUGACCAAAGACAACAUGGCGCUUCAAAGGGUUCGGGAAGCCGCUGAGAAGGCCAAGUGUGAACUCUCUUCAUCUGUGCAGACUGACAUCAAUUUGCCAUACCUUACAAUGGAUGCCUCUGGACCCAAGCAUUUGAAUAUGAAGCUGACUCGGGCUCAGUUUGAGGGGAUUGUUACUGAUCUAAUCAAAAGGACCAUAGCUCCAUGCCAAAAAGCCAUGCAAGAUGCAGAAGUCAGCAAAAGUGACAUAGGAGAAGUGAUUCUGGUUGGUGGCAUGACUAGGAUGCCCAAGGUUCAGCAGACUGUGCAGGAUCUCUUUGGCCGAGCCCCAAGUAAAGCUGUCAAUCCUGAUGAGGCUGUGGCCAUUGGAGCUGCCAUUCAGGGAGGUGUGUUGGCUGGUGAUGUCACAGAUGUGCUACUCUUGGAUGUCACUCCCCUGUCUCUGGGUAUUGAGACUCUGGGAGGUGUCUUCACCAAGCUUAUUAACAGGAACACCACUAUUCCAACCAAGAAGAGCCAGGUGUUUUCUACAGCUGCUGAUGGACAGACUCAAGUGGAGAUUAAAGUGUGUCAGGGUGAAAGAGAGAUGGCUGGAGACAACAAACUUCUUGGACAGUUUACUUUGAUUGGGAUUCCCCCAGCCCCUCGUGGAGUCCCUCAGAUUGAAGUUACGUUUGACAUUGAUGCCAAUGGGAUUGUACAUGUUUCUGCCAAAGAUAAGGGUACAGGACGCGAGCAGCAGAUUGUGAUCCAGUCUUCCGGUGGGUUAAGCAAAGAUGAUAUUGAAAAUAUGGUUAAAAAUGCAGAGAAGUAUGCUGAGGAAGACCGGCGAAAGAAGGAACGAGUUGAAGCAGUUAAUAUGGCUGAAGGAAUCAUUCAUGACACAGAAACCAAGAUGGAAGAAUUCAAGGACCAAUUGCCUGCUGAUGAGUGCCACAAGCUAAAAGAAGAGAUUUCCAAAAUGAGGGAGCUCCUCGCUCGAAAAGACAGUGAAACAGGAGAAAACAUAAGGCAGGCAGCAUCUUCCCUUCAGCAAGCAUCAUUGAAGCUCUUCGAAAUGGCAUACAAAAAGAUGGCAUCUGAGCGGGAAGGCUCUGGAAGUUCUGGCACUGGGGAGCAAAAGGAAGAUCAAAAGGAAGAGAAACAGUAACAGCAGUAAACUUUGGAGUCGAAAGGACAACAUAUUAUGAUGCUUGGGAGUGAAGGGAUUUCCUGAGCUGAAAUGGGCAAAACUUCAAUCUUCUACUGUGUUUUUGCAGUACUCUAUAUAUAAUUUCCUGAAUAUGUAAAUUUAGUGACCAUUAGCUAAUGAUCAUUUAACAAGUGAUAAUUCCCAACAGUACAAAGUUCACAGUAUUCUGUCCCUAGCCUGUCAUUCUUUUUCAGCUGCAUGUAAGAUGGGGGGAAAAGUUAUAACGUUGUUUUGUGCUGAAGUAGCUGUAUUUUCAAAGGGGUGAAGCCAUCUCACACACUGAAGACAGGUCUGGAAUGAGACCAUAGGGGGAUGAGAUCCUUCUAGUUACCUAAGUACUGCUGUACCAGCCUGUGUGUAUAUGGAGUUCUUCAACUGAGGCCUUGCAAGGCAAGCCAGCUAGCUGUGCCAUGUUGGGAGGUAGGGCAGGGGAAGCUGAAUCAAUGGAAAACUAAGCUAGCUAUUUAUGUGAGGUCCAGCUUCUAAAACACAAGUCUCCCAAACUUUCUGAAGGCAUACUUUCCUAGCUACCCUUUGGCCUGUGUCAGUGGCAUCUGUAUCUCUGAUGACUGUUCUUUUUGAUCCAUUCUGGAUUUUUUAAAAAAUAAAUAGGAAAAGCA